CUUGCGAGUGUAGAGAAUUGAAGGAAGCUUCCGCGAUGAGAACGAGAAAAAGCAAGAUAGUCAUUCGAAAUAUCGCUAACCAUGAGUAGACAAUGUAAUCGUGGAUUGGACAAGUAGAAUGGUCCGUAGGGAGCUGAGUCCUUGUAAUAAAUUCUCAAAAAGGAAGAAAACAUUGUUAAUACUUGCAAUAACGUUGUCGACCAUCAUUUUGAUUAAAAUCAUCCAAUCGCCGUCAUCAGAUCAAAUCAGAACCGCUGACUUCAUGAGACAGUGGUGUCGAGUAAGAAAAGCACGAGUAGACUGGGAACAAAUAUUAAAACCUUGUCGUGGGAACCUAGCCUGGGGUGUUACACCAACGGGCUGGGAGGUGGAACACCGCACGGACCCCGACGAGAGUUACAUUUCCAUGUGGGACAUUAGACCGUGCGGUGAAUUUAGCAAGUUCAGCAUCGUGACCGUUACGAGUAAUGGCGAGGAAAAGGCAAUCGGAGGAGACUCGUGGCGGGUACAGCUCAAGGGCCCGGCCUCAGUUGCUGGGACUGUUUUUGAUCACAUGAAUGGGACGUAUGAAGUCGGGUUCCUUAUUACGGAGCCCGGUAAUUAUCAGGUGGAAGCGGUUUUGGAUCAUUCACUUUGCGAUGGAUUUAGAGAUCCGCCUCCUGAAUGGUUCAUUGUCGGAAACGCCCAAGGGAAAAACCAACAAGAGGGAGUCCUGGGACCCACUAAACGUGGAGCUGAGCGGCCUUACAUUCUGAAGCCCCUAAGAUCUGGUAACCCUAUCUGGAUUAGCAUACGCCCAGUGCCUCCGGGGAAACAGCCUCUAUAUCAAGUCAUGCAAUCUGCAGCUUUUGACCUAACCUGUGGAAUUCACUGCAAAUUUCUUUGGGAUGGAUUUGGUAAUUGGGUCAAUGGCCGGCAAGGGUCGAUAAAAUGGCGGCCUUUCAUGGAAACAGACGAUAAGGACAGACACAGCUCCCUAGAUCCCAGGCCUCUGCGGAAAGACAGUGUGCUGUGGAUAUAUGGCGACUCGGUCAGUGAGCAGUUUUUCUGGGGAGUCAGGCCGAGACCACUGUGCACUAACGUUUUCAAGUGGUGCGGACACACAUACAACUGGAUAUAUAAUUUGAAAGGAAAUAUUUCAACUGCUAAAAUAGCAGAUGACAAUCUCGAUUUUAAUUUCAUGAGAGUUGUUAGUGAACUUUUAGAUGUCAUAUCCAAACCAUUUUUCGACAAGAACAGUGCUAUCUUAUUUAAUGCCGGACUACAUUACUUGGAGAGUACAAACUUCUCGAACUAUCAGAAGGCAAUUGAGUCGGUAAUAAGACUUGUCCAAGAAACAAAGAUGGUGAAGAGGUCUGAUGGAAAUCUACUUUUUCCCGGAGAAAUGAUUUGGAGAACAACAACGGCCUUGAAUAAACAAAAACUAGACGGGAAACACAUUCAAGCAAGGAGAUUUUUAACAUACCAGCAGCGAGUGCUUCUCUUCAACGCUUUCGCCACCUCAGCAAUGUGUAGAGCCAAUGUACCUGUGCUGGACGUUCAUCCGCUGACCGAUUCUUAUCCACACGGGACGGGCACACCCUCCAGACCGAGAGACGCUGUGCAUUAUGAACAUUUCGUAUUCGAGUCGGCGGAGAGAGUAUUGGAGGAUUAUUUUCACAGAACUUACAAGAGAGAAAGGUGACAGUUUUUGUCAACAAAUAGCUUUUAAUAAAGCCAUUGGCAUACUUGAGAUGUGGUGGACAUUUCUCUUCUUGUCAUUUUGAUCUAUUCGAACCGCACUGAAACUUCGGGAUUAACACAAAGCCAUCCGAAACCAGACAAACAUAACAACAUCUUCUUUGCCUUGAAACUCACCAGGCUUUAAAUUUAUCAUCUUCAUUUACAUCAUCAUUGCGUAGAGGCAUCACAUAUCGAUAUCCCCAUCCUUGCAGUCCGGCGACAGGACGUUUUCAGCAUGGACCUUGUCAGACAUCCUAGCCUUCCACAAGACUCUUACAGCUCAAUGUUAGAGCGUCCGAGGUACCUAAGAGUUAACAGCUGUUCCAAGUAGGUCUGAGCCGUCUUAAGUUCGACCGGACCAACCAAUACGUAU